UUGUCAAAAUUGUGUCAAAAAUAUUUUAUACAUUGAGGUGAAAUGUAAUUUGUUUUUCUAACAUAAUAUUAAAUUAUUGACUAAAUUCAUAAUGAAUUUUAGCGGAACAUUGAGAAUUAAUAAAUUCGCAUGUUUUACAUUACUGUUUAUUUUGUUUGUGAUUAUUUACUGGCGAUCAAACGGUGGAGCUUACCCGACAGACAAAAAUGAAAUUAUUAAUUUAAAAACAUUACUAACAGCUGCUAUCCAUGCUGCAGAAUAUGGAGGGAGGAAAGUGUUGGAGGGUACGAAUCGGGAUUUGAAUAUUAAAAGCAAAGGGAAGACGAAAGAAGGUGUAAAUGAUCCUGUUACGGAUGCGGAUCAAGCGUCGCAUUGUGUCAUGUUUUAUGGACUGAGUAAGACGUUUCCGAAACUGACAAUUGUAUCGGAAGAGCAUUCUAUAAACGAUCGUAAGUGUGAAGACCAGGAACCAUUCAAUACGGACACACCACCCCCUCAACAUCGUAUGAUCGAAGAUAUGAACAAUGAACUCGUGUUUGCUAAAGAUAUUACAAUAUGGAUAGAUCCUUUAGACGCUACUAAGGAAUAUACAGAGGGUCUAUAUCAGUAUGUGACAACUAUGGUCUGUGUAGCAUAUAAAGGCAUACCAAUUAUUGGUGUAAUUCAUUAUCCUUUCCCACCGGAAAAUCCUCAGACGUACUGGGGCUGGCUUGCGAAGAAAACAUCAAGUAAUGUUGCCAAUGUUGCUCAUCAAGAAGAAUAUAAAGAAAAUCCUAGAGUAGUUGUGUCAAUAUCACAUCAAGGGAAAGUAUCUGAAAUGGCUAAAGAAGCAUUCGGUCCUAAGACAACCGUAAGCAAUGCUGCAGGCGCUGGUUAUAAAGUCAUGGGAGUUGUUAACGGUACUUACGAUGUUUACCUUCAUGCUACAGCUAUUAAGAAAUGGGAUUUAUGUGCCGGAGAUGCUAUUAUACGAACAGUAGAUGGUAAGAUGACUACCGCUAAAGGGGAUUACAUUGAUUAUUCACCGAAUGCUGAUGUCAAGGUGACCGAAGGUGUUCUUGUAACGAGGUACGACCAUGAAUAUUAUUUAAGUAAAAUAUCUAAAAAGUUAUAAUAAAGCUGUGUUUGUAAGGAUAAGAGACAUUAUUUGGUUGUUUUAACAAAACAUAAAUUAUUUAAG